UCAGUUUCCGGACAAAGGCAAAAAUUAGUCUGUAAAUUGGAGAACAGCCACUUGAAAUUAUUUUUAGGACCAUAUUUCUACAUUUAGAAGGAAAUUAAUAAGUAAUUAAUAAGUUAAUUACUAAGUUCAGAAAGUGAAAGUACAAUUUCUGGUAAUUUUUGCGUUUGUAAAAGGUGGUAAUGGAUUUACUAUCUGAAGAAGACCUUACUUGCCCCGUGUGCUAUGAAAUCUUCAAGGAUCCUGUUUUUUUGUCAUGUGGUCACAAUGUCUGUAAGGAAUGUCUUCAGCAGCUCUGGAAAACAAAGAAUGAUCAGCAGUGUCCCAUCUGCAGGAGAAGAUCCUCUAAAGAUGACCCUCCUGGUAAUCUUGUGUUGAAAAACAUAUGCGAGUCGUUCUCACAGAAGAGAAAUCAGAAAACUUCAUCAGAGUCCUGCAGUGUACACAAUGAAAAAUUCAAACUUUUUUGCCUGGAAGAUCAAGAGCUUGGUUGUUUAGUGUGUAGAGAUUCACAAACACAUGCCAAUCACACAUUUCGCCCCAUCAGUGAAAUUGUUUUAUCAUCCAAGGAGGAACUCGUGGCUGCACUGAAAACCUUACAAAACAAACUUAAACACACAGAAGAAAAUAAAGAAGAGUAUGAUUACACAGCUUUUCACAUCAAGGAUCAGUUUGAACACACUGAGAAACAAAUCAAAGAGGAGUUUAAGAAGCUUCGUCAGUUUCUCAUAGAUGAGGAAGAAGCUACAAUCAGUGCACUGAGGAAAGAGGAGGAUCAGAAGAGUCAGAUGAUAAAGAAGAAGCUUGAGAAGAUAAACAUGGAGAUCUCAGUUUUAUUAGACAUAAUAAAAGACACAGAGGAGAUAAUGAAAGCCAACGACAUCUCAUUUAUGAAUAACUUUAAAGCCACAUUGAAAAGAGCGCAGAUGUCACCUCCUUCCUCAGAGAUGGUUUCUGGAGAAUUGAUAAAUGUGGCCGAUUACCUGGGCAAUCUGGGAUUCAGAGUUUGGAAAAAGAUGCAACAACUUAUCCAAUACACCCCUGUGAUUCUGGACCCCAACACUGCAUUUCCAGAGCUCAUCCUGUCUGAUGAUCUGACAAGUCUGAAGAAGGACAGCACAGGAGAUUCACAAAUUCCUUAUAAUCCAGAAAGAUUUGAAAACUAUGCCUGUGUCUUGGGUUCAGAGGGGUAUACCUCAGGAACACACGUCUGGGAUGUUGAAGUUGGGGACAACUCAAAUUGGGUUCUUGGAAUAACCACAGAAUCAAACCCAAGGAAUAGAGACUUUUUUAAAAACAAUGUCUGGUGUGUAUGGCACAGAAAUGGCAAAUAUUUUUCAGAUUCCCCAGGGAAACCCCAAAUUCCCUUUACUGUUGAAGAGAAGUUAGAGAGGGUGAGAGUGCAGCUGGAUUGGGACAGAACAGAAGUGUCAUUCUGCGAUCCUGUAACUAACAGAUGUUUGUGUACAUUGACAACCACCUUCACAGAGAAAGUGUUUCCAUUUCUUUAUAAUUAUAAUGCAAACUCUCCUCUUAAGAUAUUACCAAUAAAAGUAAUUAUAAAAACAUAGUAACAAAGAAAGACUUGAUAGAUUCAUUAAAGAAGAUACUAAAACAAUCACACAGAUUGGGCUUGUCACACUUAAAUGUUUGUAAUACAAUGGGCCAUCGGCCAAUCCUAUAGGUGUGGCUUGGUUAUGCUAACAACACUUUAUCUCAUUUACAUGAGUGACAUGUAUCAAGUCAGGCUCCAUAGCUCAGUGGUUAGAGCACUGGUCUUGUAAACCAGGGGUCGCGAGUUCAAUUCUCGCUGGGGCCUACACAAAUGUGUUUUGAAUACAGAUGAUGUUCUGACACAAUUGAGCUCUUAUGGACUGAAUGCCACAGAAAAACCUGUGUUGAUCUUAAGAAACUUCAUAGAUACCCAUUAACAUACAUUUGGCAAAUAGAGCACUGAAAAACAACGUAAUGUUUUUUAUGUGGAGCGACUGUUUAUGCUGCGCCGUUUGGUUUAUGCUGCGCCGUCUGUGUGUCUGCAUGUUUUAGUGCACUCAGUAGGGCAUACACGGAAAGACACGUUUCAAAAAGCAAGCGAACAUAAAAGCUUUUU